GUGUUCAAAAUUAACGGUGCUUGUUAGCAGAGAAUUUGCGAAAUGUGCACUCAUUUUGAGUGUUCCAUUACAUGGCAUGCAUUGAGAGGAAAUGCAAUUCUAGAAGACUGGCGAAAUUUCUUUCUCUAAUGAACAAAUCAAAUAAAAGACGACACAGCACUCUAUUCGCAAUUAGUCGAGUUCAGCAAGUCGUACGCUAAAGACAAAGAGUAGCAAAAGCAAAAAUAAAGUGCGAUACUCUCAAUUGCGAUAAAAAAAAAAACUAACCCAAUUGAAAUCGGAAAACACAAUGUCCACCCUACCAUUAUUGUUGAGCCUUAUUGAUGAAUUGGACCGUGAGUCGCCAUCCUAUUAUGGAAAUGAUUUUGGCUUGGGUCUUUCGCCGUAUCUGAUUCACAGCCACGCUCAUCGAGAACCCAUCACAAACUCCAUUGGCUACACCAUGCCCUUGAGCUUGCUCAGCCGUUUGAAUGAACGCCAAGCGGCCAGGCGACGCGAUAGCAAAGAGGAGCGCGUAUCGCCAAUCGGUAAAGAUGGUUUCCAAGUCUGUAUGGAUGUGGCCCAAUUUAAGCCCAAUGAGUUGAAUAUAAAAGUUGUCGAUAAUUCCAUUAUCAUUGAGGGCAAACACGAGGAACGUGAGGACCAGCAUGGCUAUAUACAAAGGCAUUUUGUGCGCCGAUAUGUACUGCCCAAUGGUUACGAUGCAGAAAAGGUUGCAUCGACUCUGUCAUCAGAUGGCAUUCUCACAGUAAGUGUUCCAAAGCCACAGCUUGAAGACAAGUCCAGUGAACGCGUUGUGCAAAUCCAACAAACCGGACCGGCCCAUUUGAAUAUAAAACAAAACUCAAAGGAAAAGGCAUCGGAAGCGAAUGGAACAGCCACCAAUGGUGCUGCAGACGAGGAGAAAAAAUAGAUGACAAAGAAUGAGCCCAUAAUUGUAACUUUAUCUAAAGUAAAGAGGCAAUAUUAUCGCAUUUCCUUACCACAUUUAAUAAUACAAUUAGUUUGUUGUCGUCAUCGAACGUAAUUGCCUUAAUUACUUGCAUUUUGUAGUCAUACAAACAUACAGACAUAUGUACUAACGUAUUUAUUAGUAGUAUUAGAAAUUAGAUUUAUUCAUCCCAUGUUUAAAAACAUGAAUUUCCAAUUUACUUUGGAUUAUUUGACUGAAAAUAAAAGACAUGAAGUUAAACAGAA